GGAAACGAUAGACAGAAAUGUAAUACAGCCAGACAGAGACCUAUUCACUUCACAAGGAUUUAUGCAACAGGAUCUGACAGUGGCUGACCAUAAAAGCCUGGAGAGCCCAGAUCUUCUCUAUUAUAAAAUAUACAAUGGUACAGCUCAAAAUGAAGACCUGAAGAUUUGUUUUUGAAAACGUACUGGGACAAAGACUGCUCUAGGAAGUAUGGCAUCAUACAGGAACCAAGCACUGAUCUCAGUAACAAUAACUGCACUGAUGUUUCAGUUCAGCAUGAGCUACAGUUUCAGUAAUUGCAUAGAACAUCCUGACUCAAACCAUACAAUCUUCAAAUGCAUACAACGCAAAGCUCGGAGAGUUACGGACAUUGUUAAUGAUAUACCAGAUUCUGCUACAAACAUUUCAAUCUUUCAAGACGAACUUGUGAAAAUUCCUUCUCAAAGCUUCAGUCACUUGCCAAAGCUCAGUGUCCUGCUACUAAGCAACAAUCGCAUUAGGUACAUCGACAAGGAUGCCUUUGCUAAUCUGCAAUAUCUUCACACACUAAACCUGUCCAACAAUGACAUAGUUUAUCUCAAUUCUUCCAUCUUCCGUGAGCUCCAGAACCUCAGCAUUUUGAUCCUGACUGGCAACAAACUGACAAAUAUCCCUUUGGACUUAUUUUCUGGUUUGUCUAAAUUAGAGAUUCUGAAUCUAAACAGGAACCAAUUAAGGAACUUCUCAUCAGUAGUGCACUCCAUAUCAAAUCUGAAAGGGCUGAAGAAACUGGACAUUUCCUUCAACAGACUUAUCACUUUACGACACUCAGCCAGCCUGCCACAGUCACUUUCCCAUCUUUAUCUCGGUAAUAACAUGCUGACCACACUGGAAUGCAGGAAUGACUUUCUAAGUAGUGUCAAGGUGCUGGAUCUCUCUUAUAAUAGAGGGCUGACAACUCAGGCUUUCUUUGGUCUGAACCUGAGCAGUUUGACAUAUCUACGUCUGCAUUCUACCAACAUUUCUAUAAUGACGCUCCUUAAUCAUACCAAUGUGAGGCCUUGGUAUGUAGAUUUUUCAGGGUUGGGAUUAACAGAGCCCCAAAUGCUAGUUUCAUUGUGCAAACAACUGUCACACUAUCCAAAGAAAAAUAUUGGAAAAAUGUAUCUGACAAGCAAUGGUCUAACAAAUCUGAAUAAUAACACAUUAUCUGACUGCCCCACUAUCACUAAGGUUUUGGACCUUUCAUCCAAUCAUCUGAAGAACAUAAACUGUUUGCAAUUCCUUGAAGGACAAAAAUAUCUCGUGAAUCUCAAAGCUGAACAUAACCAUUUUGCCAAGCUAAUAAGUUGCAAUAAUCACUCAAAAUUUCUGCACUUGAAAGAACUGAGCUACCGCUACAAUCGCAUUCUUGAAGUAAAUUCCUUUGCCUUCAGCCAUACACCAAAACUUACAACUCUUCAACUAAAUAUAAACAUAAUUGCCUACUUGGAUCCCAAAGCACUAAAUGGCCUUAAAGACCUUGUUACACUCCGUCUGGACAACAACCUUCUGACUGAUCUAUAUAACGAGAGCUUUCAGGACCUUCACAAUCUUCAGAUACUUAAUUUGCGCAAUAACCAAAUUUCUGUCAUCUUUAACAAUACCUUCUACUUUCUCAAUAAGCUGAACAUUUUAGAUUUAGGUGGGAACAAGAUAACACAUUUAACACCUCUAGCAUUUGAAGGGCUGGUCAGCUUGAAUAAUCUUUACUUAGACCGCAAUCGUCUAACACAAAUUGACAGUCACCUGAUUGGAAGCCUGCAUCGCACACUGCAAGUGCUAGAUUUACAGGGCAAUUUCAUCCAUUACUUAAACAGAAGCGCAUUCUCCCCAUUUUUAAACCUAACAAAGCUGACUGACUUAAAGUUAGAUGGACAGAUGCCGUAUGGCAUAACUGUAUUACCUCCUGCGUUUUUUCGUGGUCUCACUUCCCUAAGAAGUCUUUACCUCAGCAACAAUCAUAUAUCUUUUCUCAGCACUGACAUAUUUGAUGACCUAAAAAACUUACAAUUUUUAACAUUAGAUGAUUCAUGUGUUGGCGUGGCCAAACUCAAGCCAGGAAUUUUCAAAAACCUUCAGAAGCUGGAGAAAUUAACGGUUGAGAACAUGGGCAUUGAGUCAUUCUCAAAAGAGGUGUUUGGUAAUCUGACAGGACUGAAAGUAUUGCAUCUUAACCGCAAUGUCAUGCAGACUAUGGAUGUGGAUUUGCUGGAAAACCUGACUAAUCUACAGUAUCUAGAUGUUAGAAAUACUCCUCUCAGCUGCAACUGUCCCAAUCGCGACCUCCAGAACUGGACAUACAAGACCCAAAGAGUACAGGUUGUAUAUCUUUAUAACCUGACCUGUCCAGAUGUCAAAGGGGCAAACUUUUACAACUUUGACACCCGUGUAUGUUCAUAUUUAGAAAAGUAUUUGUUUGCCGCCACUUAUGCUGUAACAUUGCUACUAACAAUAAUUCCAGUACUUCAUGUCAAGCUCUACUGGAAAUUUAAGUACGGCUACUACGUCUUCCGCUCUUGGUUUAGCGAGCAGUGGCGUCGUCUUCGGGAAGAGGAAGAAAAAUGCAUAUACGACGCUUUCAUCUCCUACAACUCGGCAGAUGAGGAAUGGGUGAUGGAGCAUCUUCUCCCAAAUCUUGAAGGCAGUGGGUUCCGACUUUGCCUCCACCACCGGGACUUUGAGCCAGGCCGUAACAUCAUCGACAACAUUGUGGCAGCGGUUUACAACAGCCGCAAGACUGUAUGUGUGGUCAGCCAAAACUUCCUCCGCAGUGAGUGGUGCUCCCUGGAAAUCCAACUGGCCAGCUACCGUCUUUUUGAUGAGAUGCAGGACGUGCUCUUACUUGUCUUUUUGGAGCACAUCCAAAAGCGACAGCUCUCUGCCUAUCAUCAGAUGAGAAAGGUCAUGUUGAAAAAGACUUAUCUACAGUGGCCAGGCCUGGACUGCACAGAUCCCGUCAAGGCACAGGGGCUGUUCUGGAAGCAGCUUAAGAGAGCUUUAAAGAGCAGCAACAGUCAAAGCCAAGAUGAUGACAAGAUGGAGGAGAAUGGACAGCAGAAAGACGAUGCAAGACAAAGAGAAUAUAUUAUGAACCAGUCACAAAUGGAUGAUGAGACAUCAUACCUAAUGCCCUAACAAAUUUAUGCUUCAUGUCUAGUUGUUUCCUACUAAAGAAUCAUGAAAUAAUAGAAGCUUAUGCAAGACUGCAAACAGAUAGUACCAAUUAUUAAUUACAUUUUCCUUAAGUGAUGAUUUACCUGUGAUGAGACUUAACAAUGAACAGAAAGAAAAUAGCCUAAAUCCUGUUAAAUAAGUGAAAUCACACACAAGCAAAAAGAUAUGAAGAAAUGAAUAUGUAAAUAAAAUGAUGCUUUAUUACAAA